GGGCGGGAUCGGCUCUGCGGGAUCGGCUCUGCGGGAUCGGCUCUGCGGCGGCCGCACCGCACCGAGCCGUGCCCAGCCCCGCCGCACCGGGCCCAGCCCCGCAGCACCGGGCGGACCGGAGCCGCCCCGGGCCGGGCCAUGCACUGAGGCCGCCGCGCAGCCCCGCAUCCAAGGGCGGAUCCCGGGCAGGACACGCGUGGGCAGCGUCCCGGGGUCACGAUGCCGGAGCAGAGCAACGAUUACCGGGUUGUGGUGUUCGGUGCCGGCGGGGUGGGGAAGAGCUCCCUGGUGCUGCGGUUCGUGAAGGGGACUUUCCGCGACACCUACAUCCCCACCAUCGAGGACACGUACCGCCAGGUCAUCAGCUGUGACAAGAGCGUCUGCACCCUGCAGAUCACCGACACCACCGGCAGCCACCAGUUCCCGGCCAUGCAGCGCCUCUCCAUCUCCAAGGGCCACGCCUUCAUCCUCGUCUUCUCCGUCACCUCCAAGCAGUCCCUGGAGGAGCUGAAGCCCAUCUACCAGCAGAUCGUGCAGAUCAAAGGCAGCGUGGAGAGCAUCCCCAUCAUGCUGGUGGGCAACAAGUGCGACGAGACCCAGCGGGAGGUGGAGAGCAGGGAAGGGGAGGCCGUGGCCAAGGAGUGGAAGUGUGCCUUCAUGGAGACCUCGGCCAAGAUGAACUACAACGUCAAGGAGCUCUUCCAGGAGCUGCUGAACCUGGAGAAGAGGAGGAACGUCAGCCUCACCAUUGAUGGGAAGCGCUCCAGCAAGCAGAAGAGGACAGACAAAAUCAAGGGGAAGUGCAGCAUCAUGUAGAGCCCCGGACCGGCCCGCACCCCCCCUCCCGGUCCCCUCCCCUCCCACCCCGUGACUGGACGUGGCAUCGCAGUGGGGCUGUCCCCUCGUCCGUCCUCUGUGCCAUCACUGUGACUGUGCGGGGACACCGCCACGCACCGGCGGCGGGGGCUGCGCUCGCCCCGGCUCUGGGGGUGAAGAUAGGGGGGGGGUCCCAACAAGCCCCAGGGGUACUCGGCCCCCCCCCCGCGCCCAGCACGAUGGGACCUGGGGACGCGUGGCCGGGCACCAGCGGGGACCGCACCGAUCCCCCCCACGCCACACACACUGCGCAGCACAACCGGUGGCACCGGCCCCGGACCCACCCCCUCCCUGGUGGGGGACCCCACGUCACUCCUCAUGGGUGGGAAGGAGGGGGUGACUUGGGGGUGUCGGUGUCACCCCUGGGGACAGUCACAGGCGCCCCAGGCCCUCCCUGUGCCCCCGUCCCCACGCCAUAGAGCUCUGCUCCUUCAGGCAGAGCCCCGGGGCGGGAGCAGCCCCCGCGCGGUGCCCGCAGCCCCCCAGUGCCCCCAGCCCCCUCCCAGCGCCCCCCGAGCCCCCAGCCCUGUCCCGGUGCCACAACCCCCUGAGUCCCCAGCCCUGUCCCGGUGCCUCCGAGCCCCCAACCCCCUCCCAGUGCCCCCCGAGCCCCCAGCCCGAUCCCGGUGCCGCAGCCCCCCGAGCCCCCAGCCCCGAGCCGCCAGCCCAAGCACAAAGCCUCGGGUCCGAGGGAGGUCCUGACCCAGCACAAUCCUGGCGAGCUCUGCGGGAGACCCCCGGCCACCACCACGACCCCCCCCACACACACUGCCCCUCUUGCCCCACGCAGGAUGAGCCCCGCAGCCCAGCCGGGCCGCGAUGCCACGGUGAUGGGCGCUGCCGUUCCCUGCCACGGUGCCCUGCUGGUGGCCAGCCUGUCCCUCCCUGGCCCCCCCAGUGUCUCGUGCUGCCGGGUGGCCUGGCCCCACACCCCGGGGACCCCCAGCUCCCCCUCCCCAGCUCUGGUGCAGCCCUGCUUGUUCCCCCCUUCCCUUCCCCCCGGCCGGAGCGGGACCCCCGCCCCGUCACCAGCCCCUCGUCCCUGCGGGGUUUGUCUCUUGGCUCCGGCCCUGCUCACCCUGGGGGUGUCCCUUGGGGGGUGUCCCCUGGGGGUGUCCCUGUCCCCUCGCCAGCUCUCCCCCACCCCCGGCUUUUUACAAGACGCCCCGAGCACCCAGGGGACAAGGUGACAAGGUGACAAGGUGACGUUCCGAUGUAGCCUUUACUCUAGACAUAGUCUUCCUUCAAUAAAGAGAUGAG